AUGGUCAGGGGACAAAAGGUGAUGGACAUGGGACUGGGAGUUGGGUUGGAUUUAGGGGCAAUUGGGCUGGAAAGUGGGUCAGUACCUGAUUCAGUACCAGUGCUUGACCUUGAACACAAUAAGUUUGCUCAACAAGACUAUUGGGUCAAUCAAAAGUCUCUCAUUGACUUCCAUAAACUGUUGGUCGAUAUUAAUUCCAUUUCCCGUCAUGAAUAUGAAGUAGCUAUGGUAUUAAAAUCUUUCCUUGAAGACCAAGGGUUGACUGUCGAGUUACAACAAGUCGGUAAUAACCGUUACAAUGUGUUUAGUUACAUCAAAACUCCUAGUAGUAAAGUUCUUUUAACUAGUCAUAUCGAUACUGUGCCUCCCUAUAUUCCUUACUCCGUUGAUGGUACUAAGAUUUAUGGUAGAGGUACUUGUGAUGCUAAAGGAAGUGUUGCUAGUCAAGUGUUUAGUUUCCUUUCACUUUGGAAUAGAGGGUUAAUUAAGGAUGGUGAUGUAUCAAUGCUUUUUGUGGUUGGUGAAGAAAUCAAUGGAGAUGGUAUGAAAGUUGCCAACGAUCAAUUUAACAAUACUUCUUUCGAGGUAGGAAUCUUUGGUGAACCAACGGAAUUAAAGUUAGGUGUUGGACAUAAAGGAAUUUUCUUAAUGACCAUACAAGUUGAUGGAAAAGCUUCACAUUCAGGAUACCCAGAAUUAGGAAUUUCAGCUAGUGAGAUAAUGAUCCCAGUAUUGAAUGAUUUAUUAGCAUUAGACUUACCUCAUGAUGAUUUAUUGGGUCCAACAACAAUGAAUGUUGGGAAAGUUGAUAUCGGAGUGGCAGCUAACGUGGUACCAGCUUCAGCUAACGCCUCAAUUUCUAUCAGAAUAUCAGCAGAUUUACCUAAAGUGGUGGAGAUGGUCAAGGAAAAAGUAGACGGAGUUGAACAUUUGACUUAUGAAAUAGAAGCCACCAUUCCACCAGUUUACCUUGAUUAUAAAGUGGAAGGAUUUGAAAGUAUUGUUUUAGCAUAUGCUACUGAUGUACCCAAUUUCCAUAAAUCAUUGAAAAAAAGAUAUCUUUAUGGUCCUGGAUCGAUUCAUGUUGCUCAUGGUGAUAAUGAGUUUGUUGAAAGAGGCGAUUUAGUAGCAGCUGUUAGUGGAUACAAUAAGUUGAUCAUGGAAUCAGUGAAAAAUUAA